UCCCUCAGCCCAAACUCACUCAGAAAGACACAACAAUGGAGAUCACACAAACUCUGGUGGAGGAAGUUCCCGGAUUCAUCCAAGUCUGCGCCGACGGCUUCGUCGUCCGCUUCGACCACAAACUGACGCCGCCCUCGGCCUCGCCCGACCCAGUCGACGGAGUCAGAUCGAAGGACCUCACAAUCGAUUCAACCAGAGGCCUCUGGGCCAGAAUUUUUCUCCCUGCCGUAGUAGAGGCAGAGAAACUUCCCCUGCUCAUCUACUUCCAUGGAGGAGGCUUCUGCAUCGGUUCAACAGCCUGGGCCUCAUACCAUGAAUUCCUCUCUGGGCUUGCGAAUCGGGCCAGAGUGGUGGUCGUUUCAGUCGAUUACCGCCUUGCACCAGAGCACCGCCUACCAGUGGCCUAUGACGAUUGCUUCGACGCCCUCUGUUGGGUCUUCAAAUUCGCCCAAGAUGACACCUUUAAGGAUCCUUUGAAGACCCAAGAUGACGCCUUUAAGGAUCCCUGGCUCGGAACCCAUGUAGAUUAUGGCCACUGUUUCUUGGCUGGUGAAAGCGCCGGUGGGAACAUUGUGCAUACGGUCGGUUUGAAGGCCGCGGGCAGAGCAGACCUGAAGAUAAGGGGACUGGUUGUUCUGCAGCCUUACUUCGGGAGCCAAGAAAGAAUUGAGUGUGAGAAGAAGGUCGAGGGUGAAUUUUCUACUGAUGAUUCAAUGGCCUUGGAGUUCAAUGACACUUUUUGGCGCAUGGCCCUUCCACAGGGCAGUAACCGGGACUAUCCUGCAUGUAAUCCUGAGGCACCCGGGGCAGUCAAUUUGUCUGAGGUUUAUCUGCCCCCUGUUCUUGUGACUGUGGCUGGUCUGGAUCUGCUCAAGACCCGGGGAGUCAUGUAUUAUGAGCUUCUCAAGAGGUCUGGGAAAGAGGCUGAGUUUAUGGACGCUCAGGGCCAGAUUCAUGCUUAUCACCUUUUUCACCCCCGGUCUGAGGCUGCGAUUGUUCUGCAGGAUCGCAUUUCUGAGUUCAUCCAUCGUUUUUGAUGUGUGAGCAGAGUAAGAUUCGGGUGUUCUGAGUUAUUUUCUGGGUGGGUUCAGUUUGUUGUGAUAAAGAGAGAAUUUUAUUUGAAGUUUUUAUGUUUUUGUUUGCUUUAGAUUAUUAUUAAUAUUAAUACUUCAGUGGCUUUUGAA